UGAAUACUAAACCCAACUAAACCCACAAUAUUUAACCAUAAUAAAGAAAGGAACAUGCACGCAUGAAAGACGCAGCAAGAGAAAGAGGCAUGAUGCAGCUUGUUAUUAAAAAUGAGAGCAACCCUUUUCGUCUUUUAUGAUACAAAUAAAUCAAGAUUUUGCUUAGUAGAAUAAGGACAAGCUCCGAUGGAGUUUACUAGCUUGCCAGAAGGCUGUCUUUCCACUGUUCUUUCCUUCACAUCUCCAUUACAUGUAUGCAAAUCAUCUUUGGUUUCAACUUCAUUUCAAUCUGCUGCUGAUUCUGAUAUUGUAUGGGAAAGCUUUUUGCCUUGUGAUUAUCCAGAUAUUAUCUCAAGGUCCAUAACUCCUCUCAAAUUUUCUUCAAAGAAAGAGCUUUUUAUUUGUCUCUGCGACCCCAUUUUCUUGGAUGGUGGCAGAAAGAACUUCAAGUUAGAGAAAUCAACUGGCAGGAAAUCCUAUAUACUAUCUGCAAGAGAUCUUUCUAUAACAUGGAGUAAUCAAGCAAUGUAUUGGAACUGGGUUUCUCUUCCUGAGUCAAGUUUUUUUGAAGUAGCUAUACUUAGAACAGUGUGUUGGCUAGAAAUACAAGGCAAGAUUAAGACUCAAAUGCUCUCACCAAACACUCAAUAUGGAGCAUAUCUUAUAUUGAAAAUCUCCGAUCGAGCAUAUGGGCUCGAUUUAAUACCAUGUGAGGUAUCAAUCGAGGUUGACAAUCUAUUGUCUAGCAGCACUGCGUAUUUACGCCAUGGUCAAUAUAGCAAGAAACAGCAAAUGGAGCAUCUAUUUUUUGCCAAUCGAACGCACAUGCUAAAGUCAAGGGUGGUGGAAGGGGAUGCAAGAGUCCCGAGUGGAAGAGAAGAUGGGUGGUUGGAGAUUGAGCUAGGAGAGUUCUUUGUUAAUGGUGAAAGUGAUGAAGAAGUGAAAAUGAGUCUGAAGGAAGUAAAGGGUCAACAUCUGAAAGGAGGGCUUAUUAUUGAAGGCAUUGAAGUUAGGCCCAAGCAGUACCCAUCAUCAUAAGGUUCUUAUUCGAUAUAGAUAGUUCCAAAAGGCAAGAAAAAGAGAGAAAGUUCAUAGCAAAAGAACAAACAAAAUGUGCACAAGUUGCAUGUUUUGCCCAUCAUGUACUGAUAUUUUGAUUCUUUUAUUUCUUAAUUCCAAAGAAGAAAUGUACUAGCUUUUUACUUAAAUCAUGUAAUGCAUAUAUAUAUAAUAUACAUAUCUCUUUUGCUUUUCAUCAGAGAUGUG